AUGUCAGCUCUAUCGAUGAUCAUCACUACAUUCUUUCCUGCAUUUUUAUUAUUUACACUCUUCGUAUUUUAUCCAAUUGAUGCCAAUGAAAAUAUUGUAUCAAUGCCAAAUGAAAAUUGUACUGUUAAAUAUGGUAGACGCUUAUUAAAAGAAGGUACUGAAAUUUCAAUCAAUCGAAAAUUAUACAAAGUUGAAGACUGUCAAUUACAACGAGCUUAUCAAACAUGUGGUCCUCAUCUGUGGCAUAUAAUCAACAUUGUUUGUGAUGCUAUAGACCAACACAAAAGAAAAAAUCAACUUUCAUCUCGAAUUCGACGAUUUGCACAAGAAAAAUUACUUUCUGACGCUUGCUGCCUAAGUUCAUGUACUGUUGCUGAAAUGACUCGAUAUUGUCCUACUUAA